AUGAGCACGCAAACACAACAGCCUGCGCCGUUGGCACGCACAAGCUCGUUCUUUGGUGCCAUCAGGAACAUCGUCACCGCACCGCUGCAGUGGCUUACUGGCUCAGAGGACUUCGAAGACACCCGAGGAAAGAGGAGAAGACUGCCAGUGCCAUCUGAACAGUCUCGCGCAGAGGAUGACAGUCUACAGAGCAAGAAAAAACGCAUGAGAGUGACCAGUCCUCCCAGGGGUACCCAGGCUUAUCUCGACCCUCCUCCAGCUGCUUUCAGGCAGCCGAGGCGGGCAUCUGAGCACUUCAGCUCGAGUAGCCUUCGCCACCUUUCUGCUUCUCCUAGGAAAUCUUUUCGCACACCCUCAGUCGAUCCCACCUCACACCUGCUGGAGUUCACACGUACGAUGUCGCUGGAUCCCCCCUCUAACUCCAGUUUCUACUACCGCACUCAGUCGGUGUCCUCCAUGCAGGAUAUAGUGGAGGAGCACGGAGUUGCAAAGGAUUCCAUGUCGAUCAGCCGCGAUCUAUCGAUGUCACCAGGGCGUCAACUCAGGGUGCGCUCAUCCCUUACCCCACAACCCUCUGGUUCAGAUUUCGGCCCCGUGGUUCCUCCCCCUCGGGAGCGUGAUCCUAGCCAACCACCUCCCCUAGCCACCUUAAUGUCUCAUCCAACCUUUGUCAAACCUCCAUCUAACCUUCAAAAACCCGAUGCGGCCGAAACCGCCAAACAGCUGACUCUGGGUUCUCUGGUAGAUGCACAACGUAGCGCCCGCCCCGUGAGUCGCAACAGCUCCAUCUUGUUCGGUACAAGUUCAGCAACAGAUGACCCCUUGUGGCCCACUAAUGCUGCGGAGAAGGCAUUACACGAACUUGAGGUCUACAAGACGCCGCUUUUACCGACGCGGUUGAGGGCUUCGGGUACCAUUCCGGAUAUGUUCUUACCGAAGAAGCGUCAUCACAUUACUCUGAUGACCGAUGACAGAGAGGACAAGCCGCGUUUGGGCAUGAAAGGAAAGGUUAAAGAGAGGGGUAAAAAGAAGGACAAGGAAACACCCAAUGGCUCCAAGCCUUAUGCCGGAGAAGGCGGGAUGAAGAAAUGGCUGGCUAGGCGUAGAAUGGAAGAGGAACAGGCGAAGGAAAAGGAGAAGACAGAAGCCAUGCUAGAUGAGGAGGCAGAAGAAGAUCAGAGGAGAAAUGCUGAAGGGGAGAAAGAAAAGCAACGAGCUAGCGAGCUCCAAGUCCCACCCCCGCCUCUACCUAAUAGCACCGUUCAGCCGAGAGCGGUUUUCGGUCGCGAAGCGUCCUCGCUGAGAGUGGGACGGCCAAAGACCGGACGCAAUCACAUCGAGCGUCCGAUGUCCAGACGUAUGAAAAAGUUCUCAGCAGCAUUUGAGGAUGAAGAUGAGGAGAUGGAUGAUGUGCGUGCGGCAGAGCAUAAGAUGUUGGAGGAAGCCGCCAAGAAAGCUCCCGCGUUUGAGAUACCUGCUGGGUUUACUUUCGCCAAAGAGAUGACAAUUACACACGAAGCUACGAAUGCGAAGGAACCUCCCAUCGGCUCCCUUCCGUAUUCACUCACCAAACCUCCUAUUAGCGCGGGUUCUUCCCCACCUUCAGGAGAACCAGUAGUCAAACCAGAAAUUGUCACUGAACCUUCGGGACUGGCGUCGACUUCUGUACCUGCAGCCACCCUUGCUCCUCCGAUUUUAGUCUCUCCGCCCACUCCCGAGAGUGGUGUAGCAGCUCCAAGUAUCGCUGCUGCUGUGACACCCGAGCCAGCACCUUCCGGCAUACCAAACUUCUUUGCUAACUGUUCUAUCCUUUCAAAGCCGACGAGUAUCGCUACGCCACCCCUGCCCUCGUUUUCUGUCGCCGCAUCUCAAACUACACAAGUCAAUAAAACGGUGUCCGUGGGCGAACAGAAGGUGCCAGUUUCCGAGGGACCUGCCGCAACCGAACAACCUGUUCUAGCACCAAGUACGCCCCCAUCAGCUCUCCCUGCACCUGUUUCCUCUGCGUCCGGUGGUGAUUCCCUCUUCGGGGCACCUUCUACUUCUACCGCGCCUCAAGCUGUACCUUUGUUCACCGCAUUGCCAUUUGGUCCGCCCGCCUCGUCGGCACCACCCAAGGAACCUGAGGCGGCGGCAGUGGCGUCUCCAAAGCUAGCUCCAUCCGCUUUCAUAUUUGGUUCUUCUGUGGCUGCGGAAACAGCAGCAGGGGCGCCGGCCGCUAAACCUACAGCUCCGUUCAGCUUCAACUCGGGCCCUCCGGGCCCCAAAACUACCUUCCCCUUUGGGCAGCCCACUUCCUCCACCACACCUGCGGAGCUCGCAAAGCCCCAACCUGCACAACCUCUUUUCGGUGGGCAGUCAUCUCGAAAAGAUAAAGCACCUUUGCCAGGUCCAUUUUCAUUUGGGUCGACUCCCACCCAGCCUGCCACCGAAACCAAAGCCGCUCCGGCGUUAGCGCUGGGUACGAUAGCGACUGCUUCUGCACCUUCUGCACCGUCUUUUACCUUUGGUCCUUCCGGGGGGAGCAAUGCAGCAGAUGUCUCCAGUAAAUCAUUUUCAUUUACGCCGACUACCCCUGUGCGACCGGCAACUCCCCCUAAGGUUGAGCAGGAGGUCAACAUGGAUGAGAGCCCUACGAGAGAAAUGAAUAUCAACGGCAGCGGGAAAGUACCAGAACGGCCAACCCUGAACUUCUCAUUCCCGACGCCGAGCACCACCGGGUCUGCUUUGUUUGCUCAAAGCCCUGCUACUCCGGCGCCGACGUUCAGCUUCGGAACGUCCACCGUAAACCCGUUCGCAAAGGAUGCUAAAGCCGCUGAUGAAAAGCCUAAAACUUCGUUUGGAUUUGGACAGACAAUUUCUACUGGUUUCAGCCAGAAGGCUCCUGAGAGUCCAGUGCCAUCACCGAGUGUGGCCCCUACAUCACCCUUUGGAUUCGGUGCGCCGUCUUCGAAUCCGUUUAGCCAGGCGUCCGCGGCUGCCCCGUCCGCCCCGGCUACCUUCACGUUUGGCGGGUCUCCUGCAACUCAGCCGAGCAGUUCCCCCUUCGUAUUCGGGUCCGGCAGUCAAUCUGCUUCUCCGGCUAAUAACAAUGUGAACCUGCCGACCAGUUCAGCUGGCUCGUCCUUCAUGUUCAAUCCACCGAGCGGAGCCACUCCUGCACCAAAUCCUUUCAAUACCCCUUCUUCCGCGGCCCCUCCCUGCUGGCGGGUGGGGGCCCCUCCUCCGGAGAGCGGUGGUAGGCAGAUCAAGAAACUUCCUCGCCGCGGUGGCGCGAGGCGUUAA